AUGGACCAGGCAACAACGGCAUCGGCAGCGAUGUCAAAACCCGGACAAGAACAAAAGAUGUCUAUAAGAGAAAUAGCAUUGGAUUUGACAGUAUUUACGCUAUCGAAUGUCAAUGACGCCAUCUCGUUCAAGCCACAGCUGUGCUUCGAAGUGCCCAAGCAGGAUUACCAGAUGCUGAAGGACAACUACAUCAGUUUUACAGGGACAUCGAUAAGGAAGAACCGGUCCAGGCUGUUUUUUCUUCCCACGAAUGUGUCGGAUGAGCUGCAGAGGCUGAAUCCUUCGAUCCCUGAGGACGCCAAGAGAGUACCCUCGGACGGGCGGAUCUACUACAAGAACCGCUUGAUCACGGAGCUGGACUACGAGAACGUCAAGCGGGUCGAGAUCGCUUGCGCAUUCAUCGCCUACACGGCGCUGAAUAGUUUUGCGCAUUUCGAGACCGAGUUGCCGCACUCGCGGAUGCGUGAGGCCGGCUUCAGCAACAGCGAAGCUGAGGCCGACGACUCGGACGACGAGAUGUCGGCCGGCGAGAGCGUGAGCCGCGCGCUGAAGAAGGGGAACAUACUCGGGUUCAGAGAGCUGGGCCAUCUGGUCGGCAUCACGCCGUGGCACUUCCACAGGGUUUUCAAGGUGAUCACCGGGCUCACCAUCAGGGAGUACGGCCAGCUCUGUGUGGAGUUCAUCAAGAAGAACAAGGAGAUCGUGAACACAUGCAGGGUCAAGGUCGAGCAGCUGAAGGACGUGCAGAGGUUCUCGUGUCUUGACGACCCGAGCUUCCUGCAGGACGGCAGCCUCCAGUAUGCGGCUACGGAAAACGUGGUUCUGCUGCACGAGUACUUCAUAGACCCGAACAAAUCCAAGGAGUUCAAGACCAAGAAGAACGGCAGCGGCGGCAGCAAGGGCGGCGGCCAGCAGCAGCUCGCGAAGAAGGAGUCCGCGGCACACGACGAAGGCGGAGCUUCGCCAUUGACGCACCGUUCCGAGAUCCGCAAGAGAAGAAGCUCCGUCAUGUACGGCAGGAUGCAGCGCGCUUCGCAGAGCUCCAUCACAUCCAACUCGUCGCUCUACGAGUGCCUGCAGACCUCGCCCUCGGGCACCAGCCUGCGCUCACCCGAGUACUACUUGUCCAACGAGGAACAGCACUCGGACAACGACUCCGACGACAGCUCCGGCAGCAUGCUGGAGGCGCCAUCCUUCAACGUCUUCCCCUCCGCGAUCGCCAAGUCCGUGUCGCCGCCGGGAUCCUCCCGCAAGGGCAGCAUCAUCUCUGUUGGCAGCGCAGGCGGUGUCAGCAAGAAGAGCAGCAAGAGGAAGAGCAUCACAGGCGCCAAUAUCGACGCCAUACAAAGCUCCAUGCUACACAGAAGAAACAGAAGCGACGUUUGCACAAUCAACCUGAACCUCGAGCCGCUGCAGCCGGACUCGCUCGACGCCCGACUCUCGCCGCCGCCGCUGCCGCAACAAACGAACCAGCUCCCUAUAGAGUUCAACUCGAACAUUUUCGGCCUCAAGGGCGCCGCCAAGAUGGUCGUCCCCGCCGCCAACGAGAACAGAGUUGAUUUCUCCAUAGGACCGCUCGACUACAACGCCAUCAGCGAGAACCUCUUCGAAACUGCACACUCCAAGCCCAACGACGCUUCGCUGCUCAACGUCGAACUGCUCGACCAACCCGCCCUCAACCUCGAGACCCUGCCAGAGACCACUACCACCAACGCCUCCAACACUCCCUACGGCGCAGACAACGACCUCGCCGACCUGAGAGGCGUCCCCCCCAUGGACGACAUCCUCGACCCAGCAACCCUGCUCGACUCCGGCCUGCUCACCGGCAACCCGGCCGGAAUCUCCAACCUGACCCCGCUGAGCGAAAACAACGCCAAGAUCCGGGAUCUAGACCAAGAGCCGUUUUUCAGCCCGUUUCCCGCGGGAGAAGACGAUCUACUCUUUGACUCGGUCCUCCCAGCCGCGGAUCCGCUAGCGAUCGCCGAGGCUGGAGGCCGCGCAGGAGGAGUCAUCGCAUCGAAUUCGGUGCGGGCACCCACAGUAUACGCAGCAUCAAACCGCACGAACAUUGACGCAUUCAAUUUUUAG